AUGGCCGCUUACACCCGUGAACGCCAAAUCGCUGAGCUCGCCGUCCUACGAGCCUCCAUCCUCACCAAGAGAGUCCAGUCAACUGUCAGCGGCAUCUCAAAAGCAGAUGACUCCCCCGUCACCGCUGCCGACUUUGCCGCUCAGGCGGUUCUCAUCAGUGCUCUCCGCAGCGCCUUUCCCGGCGACACCUUUGUCGGCGAGGAAGACUCUAGCGCUCUGAGAGACGAUGACGCUCUGAAGCAGCGCGUUUGGGAAUUGGCUUCCGGCGCUCAUCUUGAGAACCCGGAGGAUGAGGCGCUGCUGGCGAGCUUGAAGGAUAUUGAUGAGCUCCUCGAGAUGAUUGACCUUGGAGGUAAGGGCCAGGGCGGGAAGACGGGUCGUUUCUGGGUCAUGGAUCCGAUUGAUGGAACGGCUACUUUCCUCAAGGGCGAGCAAUAUGCUGUGUCUCUCGCAUUGAUAGAAGAUGGUAGAGAGGUCGUUGGUGUGCUAGGAUGCGCAAACCUGAAGCCUGUAGAUGGAAAGGUCUCAGAGUCAGCUAUCGACAAAGAGGGUUUGGGCCUCAUGCUCACCGCAGUUCGAGGACAGGGCACAACAAUCCGCAAGAUGGACUUCAACGGUCUCCAGUCAUCCCAGCCCCUCGACAGUAUCUCCAAAGCCUCCACCCCUGCUGAUGCGCAAAUUAUCAAUUACUCAACCGGCUCAAGCUCACGCCACGACCUCAUCGGCAAGCUGGCCAGUUCCUUCAGCGCAAAGUUCCCCAACAUCGAGCUAUACUCAUCACACAUCCGCUACGCAGCUCUUCUCGUUGGUGGCGGCGAUUUCCAGCUCCGUGUGCCUUCUUCUAGCGAUGUGCACAUGUGGAUUUGGGACCACGCCGGUGCUCAGCUCAUCGUGACAGAGGCUGGUGGUGAAGUGACUGAUCUUGACGGUAAGGAGAUGGAUUUUGGUGUAGGCCGAGAUCUGAACCAGAACAAUGGCUUGUUGGCGGCGAGACAGGGUAUUUAUGGCGCUGUGCUAGAGGGCAUGAGCAAGCUUCUCGCUGAAGACGCCUCACGAUGA